AUGGCCAACAUGCUGCCGCCCCCUGCCCCUCGGGUUCGCUGCAGCGGUAAUGGCACUGGCAACAUCUACGUCUGGCCAUCAAUCUCUGACCCCCUCAACCGCGUCAGGCUCGUCAUCGAUCAGCAACCCAAGACAGGCAAGGCCUGCUCUGUCAACGAUAAGAGCUGCGAUCGCAAGCCGCUUGACCCGCCCCCAAUCCUCCACAUGGAGAUUGUAGGCCCGUCUUCUGCGGCACGCGAAGAUCAGAUCCUCUUAUCAAGUCCCAAUAUCUUCUGUGUGGCCCGGCUCAAGGCCGUAAACGAAACAGACGAGGCGAGGGAGAAGCUAGGCAUCAAAGAUCCGGCUAAACGGCUCUGGGGCGGCGCCUGCACAUCCGGCAGGCGCCUUCGUGACAUGGAUGGCUGGCCCCUCAACUAUCUCAUCUGGCCCGAGCUCAUGGUCAAGGAGAAAGGCAUGUACCGCCUGUGCUUCGAGCUCUACUACAUCACCUCAGCCCGGGGCGCCACCUUGAUCACCGACGUCACCUGUGAUACCUUUGAGGGGCUCAAGUUGAGGACACGUGAGGAGAACAAGAAGCCGGCCAAGCGUCGCAAGAUGGCUCAGUCGAUUGAGACUGACAACUCCCGUGGCUCCUCUGUGGCGCUCUCCGGAGCGACACAAGGAGGAGACACCGCAGAGCAGGGCACUGCCACUGCCAGUCCGCACAUUGCCGCAGCGGAACCAGUACUCGAGCUGCCCGUGGUCGAGCCUAGAAGCACUACUACUGUUGAGAACACUCGGCUUCCAGCUCCUAUCUUUGCUUUGAAUCCCGUCGAUGCAGCCAAUGAUUUUGAUGCUUCCAUUCCCGCGAGGCCAAGCAGCAACCACCAGCCUCAAGGUCCGCCGACGCAGCCUCAGGCCUCUCCCUUUGGUGCUACCCAGGCUAUGGCCUUGCCAGUUCAAGAACCUCAUCAGGGUAUAGCUACAGAACAGAUGUUUGGCUUCGAUACAUUCAACACCUCUUCUGUCACUUCUGUCGCAAACUAUCCCCAGGUCAAUCAGAAUGAUAGCCUCUCCCAAGCGGCGUACCAGGAGCCCCUGCUCAAUCACGGCGUGCACCUGGCUGUGCCUGUCUACUAUGGUAGCCAUAUGCAGCAGGGUGGGCAUGGAAACAACUACAUGGUCAACAACAACCCCAUGCUUGGCAGCCUGCCAUUUGACUCGGUGGGUUUCCAGAGCCAGGGAAGCUCCCUGCCCCCCGGCACUGUAGCCCCAGCCAGUUACCUCCACAACGAAUUCGCUGGCACCCCAGUCCUGGACGACUGGACGACGCCUUCGGCCACGCCGCCAACGGCCAACACAUCGGUCUCCAAGUACGACAUGAGUGGGCAGGACGACGGAACGGGCUUGCCGCCGAUUCCUCCAUCGUGUGUCGCAGAUGUGCCUGGCACUACAGAGGGCGAAGCAUCCAUAUUUGAUACCAACGAUCUUGGUGACUACGGUUUUGACUUCAAUUUUGCAUUCAUGUGA